CUUAUUUUGCUGAUUGUGCCUCAGGUAGAUGCUCUAGAAUUCAUCUUUCCGCUUUUGAGAAUCAAGUUCCCCUUGGCCCGUGUCAAUAUUGAUCCGGAACACACUGUGGAAAAUGACCGGUAUAAAAAAAAGGUUCACUGAGAUUCCCGUGCGGGAAGAACACAAUAGAAAGCAUCCAUCUACCCACCGAAUACAAAAGCCAUGUGCUGAUAGCGGCUUCCAUGGCUUCUGUCAGCUCCUCAACUCUCCCUCUCUCUCUCGCUCUCUCCCCACUUCUCUGUGUGUUCUGCUCGCUCUCAGAAGGAAGCCAGCGUCUGAUUGGUCGCCGGCUCACGGGGAGCGGGAUGCGGGAGCACAAGGAGGAGAGCGCAAAGAUGCGAUGAGGGAUUGCCACGGAACUUCCUUGUUCGGAUUGGGGGCUCUUUUCGCCACCCUUUUUCCAGAUCAAAUGGCGGACCGCUGGGGUCGCCGCCCGCACGGAGCCCCCCCUCACCGCGCCUCUGGAAUGAUGUGACCCCACUUGGACGCCGCACCCCGAAGCGGGGCUCAACAUGCCAGUGAUGAAGGGGCUCCUGGCCCCCCAGAACACCUUCCUGGACAACAUCGCCACUCGCUUCGACGGCACCCACAGCAACUUCCUGCUGGGCAACGCGCAGGGCCAGCGCGGCUACCCCAUCGUGUACUGCUCGGACGGCUUCUGCGAGCUGACGGGCUUCACGCGCACCGAGGUCAUGCAGAAGAACUGCAGCUGCCGUUUCCUGCACGGCGCCGACACCAGCGAGCGCGUGGCCCAGCAGAUGGAGAAGGCCCUGGAGGGACGCCACGAGUACCAGGCCCAGGUGCACUUCUACAGGAAGGACGGUGUGCCCUUCUGGUGCCUGCUGGACAUCGUGCCCAUCAAGAACGAGAAGGGCGAGAUGGUCCUCUUCCUCUUCUCAUUCAAGGACAUCACCGACAGCCACGGCAAAUGUCAGCGCAGCAGCACCAGGGAAGUUUUGGAGGAGGACAAGCGUCGGCGGAGGAAGGGCGGCUCCCGCCUGAACGAGGCCCGCAAGCGAGGGCGCGCCGUCUUGCACCAGUUGACCAGCCGCUUCUCCCGCCGGCCCAAAGGCGACGUCAACAUGGGCGGGAACAUGAUGGAUCGGCUUUCGGUGCCGGAGUACAAGGUGGCGGCGGUGCAGCGCUCUCGCUUCCUGCUGCUGCACUACAGCGUGUCCAAGGCGCUGUGGGACUGGCUGAUCCUGCUGGCCACCUUCUACGUGGCCGUCACGGUGCCCUACAACGUCAGCUUCACGCCCUACCACGACAACGCCGACGCCGCCGCCGCGCGCUCCACCAUCGUCAGCGACAUCGCCGUCGAGAUGCUCUUCAUCACAGACAUCAUCCUGAACUUCCGCACGACCUUUGUGAGCCAGUCGGGUCAGGUGGUGUACCAGUCGCGUUCCAUUUGCCUCCACUACGCCACCACCUGGUUCUUUGUGGACCUGGUGGCCGCUCUGCCCUUUGACCUCCUCUACGCUUUCAACAUCACAGUGACUUCACUGGUGCACCUGCUGAAGACGGUGCGUCUGCUGCGGCUGCUGCGGCUACUGCAGAAGCUGGACCGCUACUCGCAGUACAGCGCCAUGGUGCUGACGCUGCUCAUGUCCGUCUUUGCCCUCCUGGCCCACUGGAUGGCCUGCAUCUGGUACAUGAUCGGACGCAAGGAGCUCGACACCGGCCACACCUGGGAAAUCGGGUGGCUGCACGAGCUGGGCAAGCGUCUGGAAACGCCGUACGCCAACAGCACGGCGGGGGGGCCGUCGGUGCGCAGCGCCUACAUCGCCGCCCUCUACUUCACCCUCAGCAGCCUGACCAGCGUGGGCUUCGGCAACGUCUGCGCCAACACCGACGCCGAGAAGAUCUUCUCCAUCUGCACCAUGUUGGUGGGCGCGCUGAUGCACGCCCUGGUGUUCGGGAACGUGACGGCCAUCAUCCAGCGCAUGUACUCGCGGCGCUCACUCUACCACACGCGCAUGAAGGACCUGAAGGACUUCAUCCGCGUGCACGCGCUGCCCCAGCAGCUCAAGCAGCGAAUGCUCGAGUACUUUCAGACCACCUGGUCUGUCAACAACGGCAUCGACGCCAACGAGCUGCUGCACGACUUCCCCGACGAGCUGCGCGCCGACAUCGCCACGCACCUGAACAAGGACAUCCUGCAGCUGGCCGUCUUCAAGGGCGCCAGUCGCGGGUGCCUGCGCUCGCUCUCGCUGCACGUCAAGACGUCUUUCUGCGUGCCUGGCGAGUACCUCAUCCGCCAGGGCGACGCGCUGCACGCCAACUACUUUGUCUGCUCCGGAUCACUCGAGGUCCUGAAGGACGGCGUGGUGCUCGCCAUACUCGGAAAAGGCGACCUGAUCGGAUGCGACUUGCCGGAGAGCGAGCAGGUGAUCAAGACCAACGCGGACGUGAAGGCGCUCACCUACUGCGACCUUCAGUACGUCAGCGUGCGCGGGCUGAGGGAGGUACUUCACCUUUACCCCGAGUACGCCGGCGUCUUCGCCGCCGACAUCCACAACAACAUCACCUACAACCUGCGGGAGGGCAGCCAGGACCAGGGACUCGGCAGGUUUCCAAGGUCUCCCAGGAUCCUACAUGAAGCGCGACCGAGUCCCUUGGCGGAAACGAGCAAGCAGGAGAAUUCGUCGCCGUCGGCGCGAUCGCGCCGCAACCUGCUGUUGCCCAACCUGAGCAGCCCCGUGCGCCGCACCUCCCUGGGCAACCUGCUGGGCGACGAGCUGCGGCAGUUCAACGCGCUGCGACGCUGCCGCUCGCCCAACCUCCGCCGCGGCUUCCUCGGGCCCGGCGCCGCCGCCGCCCCCUCGCCUCCGACUCCGGCCAAACCGCAGCGCGCCUCCUCCGCCCUCCAGUCGGGCGAGGAGCGCAAAGCUCCCGAGCUCCUCAUCCCCACCGUCACCUGCUUUGGCCCCCCCGACCUCAGUCCCAGGGUGGUGGACGGCAUCGAGGACAACGGGCACGUGUUCCAUUUCAACGUGGAGCACGCCGGGCCACGGGACAAAAGAGGUCGCGGGGGAGCCCAAGAUUCCACGCGGGUGAACGGCCAUCUCUUCUUGGAGACUGAGGAAGUCCGGCAGAGUAUCGGUCAACUCCACCAAAAGAUGGCCUCGUUAAACCAAGAAGUCUCGGAGCUGGCCGACGGCCUGCGCAGCAUCGUCCACCUCCUCCAGGCUCACUUCAACGCCCAUCAGAAUUCGUACCUCCGCCACCAGGGGGCGCCCGCUGAGCCUGGCCACCGAAGCCACCCGGCCACCGCCCGGUGCCCGAACGCUACCUUUUUGUCCGCGACGCCGACGUCGGGUCCGACCGCCAUCAGCCGAUCCCAGCCCGCUUUGGACCUGCGCCCCGAUGCCGACCCCCUCGCCGACCUCCCGCCGGGCGGUUCUUACCCCCUUCUCGGCCUGCUGCAAACCUCACACGAGGACGUCGCGUCUUUCGUUCAAGACUCGCAUCCCUCUUUGAUACCCGCUUGCACAUCCCCGUCCUCACCUCGAUUGGCCCACCCGGGUCUCGAUCUGAACCACCACGGUGAGGAGCGCCCGCAGGGCAGCCGCAGAGAACGCGAAAGCACGUCCAGGUCCAGCGUUGGCGUACAGACGCAGAGUAGCGAGCAGUCGUGGUUUCUGGAACUCGCGGAUUAAAAAAAAAAUGCUUUUGUUUUUUUUUUUCAAUCGGCGUUUCCCCAACACCACCGACGAAAAGACUUGGAGGAACCCCACAAGGCCAUCGAGCCUCACUUGAGGCCCUCACGCUCCUCCGCGCUUUUUAUCGUUGCUAUGCAAAGAAGGCAUUUCUAAUCGAAGCUUUUCUCAAAUGAUGAGACGGCCGUCGGAGUUUACAACAAAACUUUUUCUUACCCCCCCCCUGAAACGCAUUUUACGCCCUGGCAUGGUCAACAUAUUCUUUUUUUUUUUUUUUUUUUUGAAGGAAAAGCUUUCCAAAUGGACUUGUUUGCAUUGGCUGAGCCACAGGCGCUUUGUGGAAAGCAAACGCCAUUGCAAAUACGCUCGCAUGAAACAAAGUCCAACCGCCCCGAUGGGUGGAUUGCAUUACAUCACAUCACUGCAGCAAAAAAAUGACAUAAAAUGAAAAAAAAAAUGACACCAAAUGAACAUCCCGAUGAUAAGUCGGUAACUAUUCCUGUAUGUACUGAAAUUGGGCUCUAUACCUCUUCUCGGGGCCAAUUCUAAUUCCACCAAGUGAUUUGGUCUGAUUGCUACCAAAGAGUCAACGCAGUCAAAGUUAAACAGUAGCUAAUCAUCUGUGGAAAGCUUUGAAACGUUCCCACAUUGCUUCAUGUUGUAUUUUUUUUUGGGGGGGGGGGGGGAUGAGGGGAGGGGAGGUCGCUAUGAACCAUGUGUUUCAA